AGGGCAUCGCUACUUUGCCGGAUGUCUUGGCCGGCAGAUACAAUUUGAUUGAUGAGGACACGUAUUUUAUCGUAUCUAUCCAUGCAACUCUCCGCGGAGCCAUUUGCAGGGCACGGCACGAGGGGGAAGAUGUCAGGCUGGAUAUCGUUUCGGGUGAAAAAAGCAAAGAGGAUAUCGUUCCUGCGGAGUCCGAGCAGAGGUGCAAUAGUGAACUCGCCGUCGCCUACUGCGAGCACGCGAAGGCCAUCACCGGCAUGGACGCAUCCAGUCUCAGCACUCUCUACGAUUUUGGAGAGCAAAGCUUCAUGAUGACUUCGGAUAGUUGAAACUAACCCAACGGUUCUCUUCAGGGCCAACAACUGUCACCCAACGGCCUUUUUUUAGGGCCACAAAUACGAUGAAUACAGCUUCAUAAAUAUUUCAAAUAAACGCGU